AGGAAGGACAUGGAGGCAGCUACUUAGCUCAUCGCAUCAAGGAAGGGAGAGGAGAUCUGCUCUAUUCAACUUGCAAGGGGAAGAGGAAGCUUACUGCCGCUUGCUUAAGUAAAGAUUACGGAUCGUCUGAGAAAGCAGACGCGUUUUAUUAGGAAGGCGCAGCAGACCGACAGCACCCAAGUCUGGUGUCCCCUCCUGCAAACAACAACCCGACUAGCAUUUCGAACUUUCAUCGGUGAACACCUCGGACACCCGACAUCGACGGUAAACUACAGAAAAGUUUUACUGCUUUAACAUUUUUGUUGACGCAUUUAUCCGUUCAUGGGACAUAUUUAGUGUUUUAUAUGUAGGCCUACUCCCGAACUUUUGGAAAAGCGAACAAUAGCUUAAAGAUUCCGAGCAGCAAAGAUAAUCUCCUGACCUGCACUAUUGAACAAUUUUUAAGCAUUAGCAACUGAAUAUCUGAGAGAAUGCCUCGACCAGGCAGAAACACAUAUAGCGACCAGAAACCUCCUUAUUCCUACAUCUCCCUGACCGCCAUGGCAAUCCAGAGCUGCCCGGAGAAGAUGCUCCCACUAAGCGAGAUUUACAAGUUCAUCAUGGACCGUUUUCCUUAUUACCGAGAAAACACACAAAGGUGGCAGAACUCUUUACGGCACAAUCUGUCUUUCAACGAUUGUUUCAUCAAGAUCCCUCGCCGUCCAGAUCAGCCUGGGAAAGGCAGUUUUUGGGCGCUGCAUCCCGGGUGCGGAGACAUGUUUGAAAACGGAAGUUUCUUGAGGAGGCGCAAGCGUUUUAAAAUUAUGAUGAACACGGAUUCUCUGGCUCCAAGUAAGCAAUCCGAUGCUGCACAUUAUCUUCAGCAACAAGCCAAACUUCGACUUAGUGCACUCGCAGCCACAGGAACACACCUGCCGCAGAUGUCCAGCUACAACUUGGGAGUGUCACAGCCGUCCACUUUCAAGCAUCCGUUUGCCAUAGAGAACAUAAUUGCCAGAGAGUACAAGGUACCAGGGGGGCUCGCCUUUUCUACCAUGCAGUCAAUGUCUGCUGGCUACCCCCUGCACAACCAGCUGACCACGGCCUGGCCCCAUAUGUACAACACCAAUAUGAUCGACACGGCAGCUCCCAUCUCCAUGGCCAGCAGUGAUUACAGUGCCUACGGAGUGCCCAUCAAAUCCCUUUGCCAUGGGGGACAGACCUUACCAGCUAUUCCUGUGCCAAUAAAACCCACGCCGGCCGGAGUACCUGGGCUGUCGUCGCUGCCCCCGCAUAUUCCAGCGUUCCUGUCGAACUCUCCGCAGUCGUUAAGCCCAACAUCUCCUCAAACAGCCACCAGCCAAAGCAGCCCUGCCACCCCAAGCGAGACACUGACAAAUCCGUCAACACUGCAGUCUGUGGCGGUGCACUGACCUAGUUCAGGUGCCCUGGACUUGUCCACUCAAAGACUUUGACCUGCAGGACAUCACAGUCUCCAAAGUUUCAUGUUCACACUCCGAAGGCGAAAAAAUAACGGCUACAAUCAAGGCAAGAUAUUUCUGUGUUGCAGUAAUGUUAAUUUGUGUGUAUGUAUUUCAGACUUCUAAGUGUUACUUUGAAUGGUAGUUGUCUUCUCACCUGGAUGGAGUACAGAUAUAUUGUGGUAUUGUUUCAUGUUAUAAAUUAUUUGUCAGCUUUUGACCUUCUGCAUAUCCAGAUUUUGUUUGCCUACUGUAAGGAAUGGCUGUUUACAAGUUGAAGCACUCAAACUAUUCCGUCAGAACGGAGGCGUUCGCUGAUACAAGUUGGAUAGGUGUUUUAAUGAACCGCAUACGUAAGCGCUGGACAGUGUAAUCAGUUUCACAGGUGACCUGACAAGCUCGUUUAUAAUUUGGAGAUGGCCCCAAGUUCACAAAUUAGUCGUUUUUGAUAUGCAUAGCGGUCAGAGAAAAUCAAAACAAAGUGCAAGGUAUGCGGCAUAAAAAUCAAGACAUUGCGACAAUGAUAUUCAGUGCAACUUUUAAAUAACUGAAAUGCUUGUUGCAGAUGGUACCAAAUACCUAGCUGUUAGAUUUGUUUUUAUUAAAUACAACUGAGAAGUAUGUUAAGUUGUCAAACAUGAAAAAUAUAAAAUUACAAGGGUUCUCGUGGAGCGCGAGGUAAAUAUUGUGAAUAUCUGAAAAUAACUGAUAUUGAAUUGUGUAAAAUGCACUUUUUAGUUAGAUGUUUUAGAGUAUCUCUAUUUUGCAGGAUAUGUUUUGUGGAGCAUUUAAUUUAAAGCUGUGGUGACCAUGUGUAUUCAAUGCCGUAAAUUUGUACAUUUUCUGUUACAAUGUAAAGCAUGCUCUCUCAAACGUUGUGUUGUUUUGCUGCAAGCAUGCGUGCUUUUAAAAAGUGUGCAAAAAGUCUGCAAAAAGUCUGCAUUA